AUGGAAGAGAUACAUAAACUGAGAGCUCAGAUCACUAGGAUCAUUCAAGCUGCGACAAUAGAAACUGGGCUGAAAGUCGAAUUCUCACCUAAAUUGAUGCCACCAUCCGAAACCCAAUUGAAAGUUUUAAGACAAUCAAUCACAUCAGCGUUCAUCGAUCAAAUCGCGAUCAAAGCCAGCAAAGUGAAAUCUCGUCAGUCCAGCUCCGGAAAGCCGAAUGUAAACAGUCACAAUAAAAAUCUGGUUGCCUAUUGGGCCAUUGGAAUCGAAGAAGACGUCUUCAUCCACCCAAGUUCAGUUCUGUUUGAUUCUAGCGUCCAUCCAGAACCUGAGUUUAUCGUCUUUCAAGAACUUCAUCGGACCGAAAUGCGAAUCUGGAUCAAAGGAAUCACUCUAAUUAAUCCUUCUUGGUUACCCAUCUUGGGUAAAUCUCUGUGUACCUUUUCCAAGCCGAUCAAACACUCCAUCAACAGCAAGAUUCCUUCUCGUGCUACAGACACUGAACGUAAAUGCAUCGUAAUUCCCAAGUUUGGUGGGCCGACCCUGGACGUUGAGUUAGGCCCAGUUCAAAUGACUCAACGCAAAGUCGGUAAUCUCUGGGUUUGGCUGUAA